AUCUCGGAAACUAGAAAGAAAAUGAUGGUUGGUAAAGAGAAGGCCAAGGCAGUGAUAGUCGGGGGGAGCAUAGCUGGAAUAUCAACUGCACAUGCUCUUAUCUCUGCUGGUUGGGAUGUCAUCCUCAUUGAGAAAACCUCUGCACCACCAACUGGAAGCCCCACGGGUGCUGGUCUUGGACUUGACCCUCUCUCUCAACAAAUCAUUCAAUCUUGGCUUCCACUUCCUCAUUUCCUACAUAACACCACUCUCCCACUAACCAUUGAUCAGAACCAAGCAACUGAUAGUGAGAAGAAGAUCAGCAAGACACUGACAAGAGAUGAGUGUUUCAACUUCCGAGCAGCGCAUUGGGCUGAUCUUCAUGGCCUUCUAUACAAUGCGCUGCCGCCGAGUGUAUUUUUAUGGGGCCACCUCUUCCUCUCUUUCCAUGUUGUGGACUUCAAAGGUUCCAUAACAACAAAAGUCAAGGUUCUGAAAACCGGAGAGGUCAUCAAUAUAGUAGGGGAUUUGCUUGUUGCAGCUGAUGGAUGCCUCUCUUCCGUUCGCCAGAAAUAUCUCCCUGAUUUUAAACUCAGGUAUUCAGGAUAUUGUGCUUGGAGAGGAGUUCUUGAUUUUUCGAAAAUCGCGGAUUCAGAUACAAUAACAGGCAUUCGCAAGGCAUACCCUGAGCUUGGAAAAUGCUUGUACUUUGACUUGGGCUCAGGAACACAUGCUGUGUUCUACGAGCUUCUAAACAAAAAGCUCAAUUGGAUUUGGUAUGUGAAUCAGCCAGAGCCACAAGUUAAGGGAACCUCGGUGACGAUGAAAGUAAGUGGCGACAUGAUUGAGAAAAUGUACCAAGAAGCUGAAAAAGUGUGGAUUCCAGAGCUGGUAAAGGUCAUGAGAGAAACAAAGGAACCCUUCUUAAAUUUUAUAUAUGAUAGUGAUCCCUUGAAGAAGAUAUAUUGGGACAGUGUGGUGUUAGUAGGAGAUGCAGCUCACCCCACAACUCCUCAUUGCCUUAGAAGCACAAACAUGUCAAUAUUGGAUGCAUCAGUGUUAGGAAAAUGUUUGGAGAAGUGGGGAGUGGAGAAGUUAGAAUCAGCUUUAGAAGAGUAUGAGUCCAUCAGAUUGCCAGUGACCUCCAAGCAGGUGUUGCAUGCAAGGUGGCUCGGUCGCAUAAAGCAAGGUUUGGUUCUUCCUCAAAGGGACCCUUUUAACCCCAAAUCAGCAACACCAGAUGAAUGCCAAGAACUUCUGCAGAGGAACACACCUUUUUUUCAGUGAUGUGCCUAUGCCACUUGCUUCAUUUACAUUUUGCAUCCACCAAUUGAUUUCCAGUGAUGUAGGAAGUAUUCUUGCAAGAAUACGUUGAUUUGUAUACAUAUAUAGUGAUAACCAUCUAUUUGAAGCACAUGGGCUUUCAAAUUUGGUGGAUACUACCAUGAAGAUUUUACAAUUGUCUUCUUAUAAAGAUAUUUCUUUUUUACCAUUA